UUUUAACUAGUUGGCAAAUUAGACGUACAACUAGAUUGGACGAAUUAAAAGUCGUCGAUAAUAUAACGAAGCAAAUUUAGCAAUCGGGGUUAUAUAGUUUGAAUAAUAAACGCGUCAACUGGUUCGAGAAGUAUAAUACAACUGUAUAUAACAACGGAAAACGUCUGCUAAGGGAGUGUAGAUCAGAGAGUCAGGAGAUCAACGUCCCCUGCAGGCAGAGCAGUUCGUUGGAUGCUGACGACGAUCAUAAUGAAGCUUUGGUGGAGUCUUUUGGUGAUGAGCGUCGCGAUUUUGGCGAUUGCCACAGCGACGCCAGGCAAUGCAGGUCUUUGGGACGAUCACGAUGAAUUUCUCGUCAGAGUUUCCCGUGGGGCCAACAAGGAACGCGUGUCUGCUGGCACAGUAUCCUGCAGGUACUCAAAAGGUGAUUGGUCAGCUUGUGAUGUAAAGACGAAUACAAGAACCCGGACCCUUAGCUUGAAAAAAGGAGACGCUAAGACCUGCGAGCAGACUAAGACGAUCGAAAAGAGAUGCAAAAAAGGCGUGGCGCUGAGCACAGAGUGUCGUUACGAGAAGGGCUCCUGGAGCGAAUGCGUUAACCAACUGAUGAACCGGAUAGACAAUUUGAAACCCGAGAGCGACCGUGCUUGCGAAAAGACGCGUCGUCGUUCAAAGAGAUGCAAGCCCGAACCAAAUUCAAAGAAAACCGCCAAAAGCGAUCGAUCAAAUAAGAAGUCCGGCAAACAAUAAAUCGCCAUAAAGUCAUCUGCAUCCACUCAUCGAUUAAUUGCGUCUGCUGCACCGUAUCAUCGGACGAAAGGGAUUCCUUGUUUCAGGGUCUGAAUAUUAUCGCGCUAUAUUAUUAUUAUUAUUGUCAUUAAUAUUAAUAUUAUCGUCAUUAUUAUUAUUGUUAUUAUUAUUAUUAUUAUCAUGAUUAUUACUAUCGCCAUCAUCAUAGUUUAUCAUUCACUUAAUUCGGUGAAGGCUUGCGAAUUUUAAAUAUAAUACAUAACAAGACGCACAACCGUAUCAAUUCAUAUUGUACCUAUAAAAAUAGGUAUACAUAUACAUAGGCAUAUGCACACGUACUUUAUUCAUUUCUCCCUACAUUAUUAUUUAUCGAAAUUUAUACUACCGACAGUCUAGUGAAUUCAUUAUUCUUUUGAUUUGGAAAAAAUAAAAAAUUUCAUCUUCGUUCCACAAACGGCUCUAGUUCGCAAGCCACGCUGGAAUACAAUCGAUACGAUGUCAUAUUAAUAUUGUAAUUAUUAUUGUUAUUAUUAUUGAUAUUUUUUCAAUGAUAAUUUCUAAUACUACGUCUUGUGAUUAUCAUUGUCACGGAAAUUAAUUUCUUUCAAUCGUUUAUUACCAUUAUUGAUAUUAUUAUCAAUAUUAUCAUUAUUAUUAUUACUAUUAUUAUUAUCAUCAUCAUCAUUACUACUACUACUAUUAUUAUUAUAAAUGUUGUUGCUAUUCUGUUAUUGAAAUCAUUGAUAUCAUUGUAAUUAUAUUAUAAAUAUCCGUUGUGAUCAUUAAAUGUGACCAUCAGUAAUAAUAUUCUUAUACGUGAGCAAAGAAUCUUAUAUUAGUAUACCUAAUUGAUAGAUAUAAUAAUUAUUAUUACUAUUAAAUAGAUGCAUACACUACAAUAUUAUUGUCACGUGGUAUAUGGUGAACGAUGCAUUUUAUUGUUAGAGAGAGGAGAAUAAAACCAAACGAAGAACAAGAAUCACAAAGAACAAAAAAAACGAGCGAAAAGAGAAAUGAAAAAAAAAAAUAACCAAAUCACAAAAUUUGUUGAAUUAAAUUGAGAUUUAAAAACGAAAAAAGACAAAAGUAUGAUAAUGACGAAAGAAGUAUAAUCGCUUCCAGUUUUAGUGGCCAAAAGAAAAAAAAACAACAAAAAAUAAAGCAAAAAUAAAAAAAAAAUGUUAAUUCAUAUGAUUGUUUGUUGGUAAUUUGAAAUCUAAUAUUAUUUCGUACUAUAAAUAUAUAUAUUAAUUAUAUAUACUCCGUAUACAUACACAAUAUAAAUGAUAAAUGAAUGAAAAAAAAAAUAAUAUAAUAAAACCAAGUCAAAUAGUGGGAAUUAAGAAAAAAAAGACAAAAAAAUGAAGUUAUCAUGAGAGCUAGAAUCUGUUAAAAUUUUGAAUAAAACACAUUUUCUGCCCUGCAUAUAAUUAUUAAUAGGUGAUGAAUUGAACAUUUACAAUUAGAGAGAUAUUAAAUAGUAAUUUUUAUCAAAUAUACAAUAUAUAUGUAUACAUAUGAUUGCGUAUGUAUAUAUUUAUAUAUUAUCAUAUCUUGGCUUGUUGUUGCUAAUUGACGAUCAUAUAUUUGGCACACAAAUUAAUAACACGUAUUAUAAGUAUUAUAACUACAUACAUGUAAAACGUAAAUGUAUAAUUGUGUGUACAAUUUUGUUUUUCUCAAUUUUAUUUGUUGUAUACGGUUCUUUUUCUGUUCUGUUCUGAAUUUAUUUCGACUUCCUUCUCUCGAUAUCGGUAUCAUCGUUUUUAUCGUAUCUAAUUAAACCAGUACCAAAUAAUGCAUUUAUAUGGCAUGAUGUUGAGUGCCGGCGCGUCAAUGUAUUUAACGAAUACCUAGAAUUACGGGUUAUAAUAAUCGUCGGACUUUAUUAUAUUAUAGUAUCGGGUAAGAAUAAUUGAGAAAAAUUUUAAAUAUCUGUAUACUUAUAAAAACUAUUGCUAUCCUAUAUAAGAAGUAUACAUACUUAUAGCGAUCGUUCACGCUACGCAGCCUAUAUUCUUCUAUGUUUUUCAAGCUCCAUUUUUCUUGUCAUUCUCAUUGUUUUUACUAAUUCAUCUAAUACUGUUUCAUUGAAGAAUUUUAAACGAGGUAAUGAUAGCAACAAUGACAACAACAACAUCAAUUCUUGUCUUCUCAAUAUAAUCAAUGUGUAAAAGUUGGUAAAUCACUUUUCCAAUACCAUAUGCAAAUAAACACACGGCGCAACGUAUAAUUAUAUAAUUCUUUUCUUAUCGCGAGGGGUGGAGAAUCGGUCAAUAAGAACAAACAAAUUUUGAAACGGUUCGAAAACAACGAAUAAAUAAUAAUUCUACUUUUAUCUGAUUAUUAUAAAGUAUAUAUUUAUAUAUAAUAAUUAUGAUAAUAAUAUAAAUACCAUAAUGAUGAACACGAGAAAUCAAAUUGCUGCGAUUAACAAAAAGAAAGAAACCACAUCGAAAUUCUUUCAUUUCGUAACAUACGUUACAUGUAUAGGAUAUCUAUGGCAUAAAUAUAAUACCGCGGUGACCUCCGAAAAAUUAUAGUGGGUUGAAGAUAUUCAUCAUUGUGUAAAUCGUUCUUUUUUUAUAAAAUCCCGACGAGGAUCUCCCGAUUCAAGAUCGUUCUCCCUCCGACGUAUCCCAGAUAUACGAAUUCUAUGUAUGGUAUAACUACAUAUGUACAUAUAGUAUGUUGUAUGUAUGUACGUACCACCCUCUUGAGAUCCAGUUAACGCGUGAAUUGAAAAGAGGAAGAGAAAGAAGAAGAAAAAUUGAGAAAAACGAAAAAAUAAAAAGCAGAAAAGAAAAAAGUAAACCAAAGAUUGAGGAGAGGAGGGUGCACGUGACAGACUAGUGCACGCACACGAUUCAUUGCUCUUGACAACAAAGAACGAAACGCGAAGGGAUCUUUUGAGGGAAGCAGCAGGGUUGGUUUGGUGUCCCUAUAUAUGUAUAUUAGGGAUGAGAAGAGGAAGAGAAAGAAAUAAAAUGGAGGAAAAAUUGAAGAAGGGCCAUGACGUGAGAUGUUAUAGUGGUAUGAAUGGAGAGAUAAAAAAGAUGUCGAUGUGUGUAGGGUGAACAGGACGGGGAAACAGAAGCGAGAAAAUUUCUGCAAGGGAAAGGAUGAUGCAAAUACAUAUGUGUAUGUGUGUAUUCGCGGUUCCCUGAAUCGAGAAAAAAAGAAUAAAACUGGCUUUAGGAGAAUCCUCAGAGUUGCCAUAGAAGGAGGGGAGGAAGUGAAGUACCGAGGGUUUUGAAUAUUUUUAUUUUUUAUUUUAUUUUCCACGAGAUGACAAAGAUCGGCGGAUGCUGUUACGAUAAUAUUUUCCUCCCGUGUAACGGAAAUGAUAAAAUUCAACUCGUCAAUUUGUUUUUAGCCAUAUUAUAAAUAUAUAUCACAAUCAAUGCCCUUUUAUUAUCACUAUCCAAACGUUCACAAUUAUUCAUUUGUCGAUAUACCCAGAGAUUAUGUUAUAACAAUGAUAAAUAAGAAUUAGAGGGAUGAAUGAAAAAAGUUUAUAUAUAAAUAUCUAUAUCGUUGCGUCGUGUUGUUGAAACCAGAGAAAAAUUAAAGAAAAAAAAGAGAAUUAAUAAAUAAAAAUUAUACAAUUGAGGCAUGCGAAUAUUAUAAGUAUAUUUAUAGUAUCCGCACAGUGAACGCAAAAGAAACGAAAAAUAAUAAGUAUAACAAUAACAAUAACAAUAAUAAUGAUAAUGAUAAUGAAAAAAUUAUAUAAAAUGGUGAGAUGCUUUUAUCGAAUCAACAAUUUCCCCUGGAAUGGACUGCAUCUAUAUAUAGAUACAAAAAUUUAAUUAAUUAUGUUAAUAUUUUAUUAGCUGCAGCAGCAGGAUAUUCGAUCGGUAAAAUACAACCCAAAAAGGACAAAGAACUCCGUUAAUACAAACAGACAUGAAGACAGAUAGACAGACGAAAUGACAGUUGACAGGACAUAAAGACAGACUAAUAUUAGUCUGACAAAUUACACCCACUAUACCAUAUCAUCAUUAUAAAAGUAAGAUAAACUCUAUUAUUAGAAUAUUAUAAGAUUAUAUCUAGAAUAUGAUAUACAUACUUACGUUCUAUGGAUCCCACUUACGAUUACUUAUUAUAUGAUUAUCAUUAAACGUCUAUUAUAUAUAUAUACACACAUUAACCAUAUUCAUUACAGAUAUUGUGCUUAUGACUUCUCUGUGUAGUGUAUACUAUAUUAAAAGAAGACCCAAAUGUUACACAAGAAAAAGAAGAAAGAAAAUGAGAAAAAAAAAAUUGUGCUAAAGAGAAAUUUUAAAACACACUAAAGAAUCUCGAUGUGUUUAAUGCGUUGUAACAUAGCAUUGUAGGGACUAUAUGUAUGUAUAUUGUGUAAAAAUUUAUAUACAUAUAUAUAUAUACAUACAUAUAUAUAUACAUAUAUAAAUUCAUCUGAAUUUUCAUCUACUAAAAAAAAAAAAAAUUGAAAAAAAAAUAAAAUAAAACUGAAAUCAACGAACAGAAAAAAUUUUUUUGUCACGUAGUACACAAUAGUAAUAUAAUAUAACUAAAUGAUAAUACAAACCAUAAUUUUUUGUUACCCACCAUAGUGAUACACAAAUUCGAAUUGAAAAAAUUCACCAAGUAAAUAUCCUUUCACAUAUUGUGCGUGACAGAGAUGAUUAAUCAGAUGAUUCAAUUUAUUUUUUUUAUAUUUUUUAUCCAAAUUCGUUUAUUUAUUGAUUUAUCAAUUUUUUUUAUCUCUGAUUUUUCAACAUUUUCUCUGCUCUGAUAUUUUCGGUCAAUUUGCGCUCUCUCUCUCUCUCUAUAUAUAUAUAUAUACCUACAUAUCGGUACUUAAUUAUCUCAAUUACAUUCGUUAAAAAAAAAAAUGUGUUGCAUAAAUUUGUCGAGACAUCGAGAGUUUUUGAGAUUACAAUUAAUAUUAUUCUGUGACACCGAUAAUGGGGAUGAUAUAUAUUCUUCUAAUUGAGGGGACGAGUUACUCUGCAUAAUAAUAAAAAUAAUGAUGAUAAUAAUAAUCUUAAUAAUAAUAAUAACCAUAGUAAUUGUCAUCUCAAUUUAGCAGAGAGCAAAUCUUUUCUAAUUGCCGCAUUCCGCGCGUAUAGGUAUAUACUACACCUAUACCAGUAUGGACAUUCUAUAUCCGGUGAUUAUAUUAUAUGUAUAUUAAAACAGGAAGUGGGGUGCCAAUUUUUCUAAAGCUUUUCGGAAUGAAAGAUAUAUUGACAAAAGAGAGAGAAAAAAAUAUUGAGAAUAUGAAUGUUCAAUUGUAUCGGGGCAACUCGUUUGGUCAGAAUUCUGUCAUAAUAAAUGUAUAUCUCUAGAAUGCAAUCGGAUAGGCUGAUCAAAGAUAAUAUAUAGAAACGAAAUCUCGGUUUUAAUCAUACAAAAGUAGGAAAAAAUAAAUAAAAAAUUUGGAGAAAAUAAAAGGGAGUUAUUCUUAUUCAUCGUAUGAACGAUCGUUAGCAAUUAUUUGAUCUGGUUAUGGUAAUAAUGUAACGUAUAUUCAACGUGUAAUCGUUACACCUGUAAGAAAAAUAAAAAAAAAAACUAAAAAUAA